AUGGCCUCCGUCGCGCUGAACGCAGAGAUCGUGUCGUCCAUAGCGUCCUUCGCGUACUGGGGCGCGAAUCGACCUGGGGUACCGUUGGACCUCCGCGCCGUCCUCGCGCUCGCGCUGACAUGCCGUGCCUUCCUCGAUCCCGCCCUCGACCAACUGUGGCGCAGGCAACUCACCCUCUUCAACCUCGCCAAAACGCUUCCCAGUAACGCAUGGGAGGCCUAUGACGACGAGAAGACCAAUCUGGACAAGACACAACGAUUGAUUAAAACGACCCGAAUCAUCGUCCCCAAGGACUGGCCACGCUUCAACUACUACGCAGCGAAGAUCCGCGAGCUCGGAUACGACCCGCGCGCGCCCUUCGGCACCGUCGAGCUCACCCCUUCCACCCAGCGCACGCAAGGCAUCUCGCUCGAGUUCCUCACGAGCACGAUCAUCGUGCGCGCGCCCUACGAGCUCGUCCCGCACGUCAAGCGCCUGCGCUGGACCGCGCACGAAUCCCUGCUCGGCAUCCGCCCGCACGUGUACAUGUUCCUCAACGCGCCACUCGCCGCGCUCGCGCUCGAGUUCCCCGCGCACGCGGAGCCGCCCGAGCCGUACUACGCGGACGCGGUGUAUGUGAGGUGGACGCUGCCGGCGGUCGCGGAGCAGUGCCCGGCGGUGCGCGAGGUCGAUUUGGUGUGGACGCAGUUCGAGGGGUAUGCGGGCGCGUUGAGCGGGUUUUUGCGGGCGGUGGGGUCGAGGCUGCGGGCGUUUGUGGCGAAUGUGCGGGCGUGGGGGGAGGAGGACCUUGCGAGGUUGGCUGGACUGCCGGAACUUCGGAGGACGAGGUUGUACCUGGAGGGUACACAAUUCCCGUGGCUCGUCCAGGCGGACGGCUCGCCGCCGUUCACGGCUCUUGUUGACCUCACGCUCGAUGCACCGUCGUUGGACAACUGCACCGCGUUCUUCCAGGCACUUGGGACCUGCAAGCUAGAGAAACUGGCUGUGAAUUCCAGUCAGCGACCCGCUACGUCUAUGGUGCAAGACUUUUGCACUAUACUCGCAGGGUGCUGCAACUCCUCUACGCUCCGCGCACUGUCGCUCUCAGACAACGGCAAAGAGUCGAUGACGGCACCCACACGCGCCGACUGUCUCAUCACCAACGGAACACUCUUACCCCUCAUCACCUUCACUGGCCUUCGCGCGUUCAAACUCGACUUCUCCGGGCCUUACGCGCUCGACGACACUUUCCCCGCCACGCUCCUUCCCACCUGGCCUGCGCUGGAGGCUCUCUCUCUUGGGACGACGCACGGCUGGGGCCAGCGACCUCUGCUCACAUUCACCGGCCUUGCACAAAUUGUGCAAGGCUGCCCGAUGCUGGAGGAAUUGUGCAUCGCAAUAGAUGCGUCUCGCGGCACAGUCUUGCCUGGGGUGCAGGCAAAUACGAGGAUCACAACAAUUGACCUGGUGGACUCGUAUGUUCCGAAGAACGAGGCGGGGGCUGUGGCGCUUUCGAGGAACCUGGCAGAGCUGUUUCCCGAGUUGGAGCACAUCUCAGCAAAGACGCUUGAGGGGAAGAUACCUGGGGACGCAGAAGAAAUGCAGGAGGAACCGCCGGUCGCGACGGAGGGGGCCGGCCUGGCCACGAAGGAGUUCUGGCGCGAGGUCGAGAAGCAGAUAGCGACGUUUGUUAUGUUGAAGGACAUGGACUUCCCCAUGGAUCUGUCGUAA